UUUGUUGCGGUGGCGGAAGCACAGGCCAGGGAGAGUCACACUCGCGGGAAAAAUGGCGGAAACGUGUUCCGUGUUCAUGCGACCUCCAGCAGCGGUUCAAAACGGUGCCUCCUAAGCCUUGUCCUGUUUUUGUGUGCAUGCUUGUCUAGGUGUGUCACUUAAUGUGUAAGGCUGUGGGUUAAAAGAGGCAUGCAAGAUGGAAAACGUGGUCUGUUGCCUGCCCCCUCAGAUACAGUGGAGUGCUCCACCUCUGGCCACAUCAAGCAAGUCAUCAGCCAAGCAGUCACUGAAGAAUCCCAAGUCAAGGCUUUCCAUUGUAGUCACUGUGUGCUGAUCUUCAAAUCCAAGGUGUACCUUUUUGAACACCUCAACAAGGUGCAUGGCCUCAAUACAGAAACUUCUCUCAGAGAGGCUGGUUUAUGCCCUGGGACUGACAAAGCCAACACAGAGAACAGCAGCAGCAGUUCAGGAGAUAAUUUUAAAUGCCAGAGCUGUGAUUUUAAAGCUUGUAGUUGGGAUGAUUUCAGUGAACACGAGGAACUGUGUCACAAAACUUCAGAAAAUCCUAACGUGUCAGGAGGUGUCAUCAUUUCAGAAAACCUCGACAGCACUUUAAGUGUCAUUUCAGCAAACCAGAACAAUGAAGCUGCAGGAACAUUGGAAGAUCCAUCAGUUCUUUCAGAUAUUUCUACCUCAGAAGGGAAAUGCAUGUUAAAGGACCUGAAAACCUACAAGAGGCCAUUGCAAACCAUUACGAAGUACUUCUCAGUGUCAUCUGAAUCAAAUACAAUGACUGCUGCAAAAUUAGCUGAUGGCACCAAAGGAACUAUCAUUUUGCAGGAAUCUCCUUCAAGCUCCUGUCCAAACAGUAGUGGUGUGUUUAAAGUCACAGCAAAGUCUGUGAUAGAUAUCACCGGAAGUAAGUCGAACCAUUUUUUGCACACUGACUUGACUACUGAUUUGACACCAUCUAAAACUCUGGAACAAUUCAGAAAAGAAACUGUUCCUGACAGUGCUGUGAAGAGAUCCAGUGGUAAAAGUUCAAAAGGUCAUCCUGUCAAAAAAGCCAAGUUGGAUAACGAAGAGAUGCUCACAGAAAAAGAAAAUGAAAGUAGACAGCAGUCAUCCAGCAGCAACGAGUUUUCAUUUGAAGUCAGCGAAGAUGAAGACGAGGCAGACGCGCCAAAAGUGUAUUCUUGUAAACAUUGUGACUACAGUGACGUGGGCAUCAGGCGAAUUUCUGCCCAUUAUCAAAGUGACCACCCUUAUAUCAGAUACAAUUCUGUCUACAUUCAGGACGCAAGUGAUCACGGUGCCACCUUUCGUUGCUUGGAGUGUCCAGUUGAGUUUUUAAGCACAGCUGACCUCAAGAGGCACUACUUGGAAAAUCAUCCAGAUGCCCCAGAUGUAUUUGCCAUGAAAUCAUGUGGCCUCAGUUUGGUUUUCAAAUGCUUUCUCUGUAAAUUUACUACCAAUCUAUUGAAGUCCUUGAAAGAACAUUACAAGGCAAAACAUGCAACAUAUGAAGUGGAGAAUUCCUUAUUGUUCUGCAGAUAUUCAAUGUCUGAAUGCCAAGAGGAAUCGUCUCAGCUGAGUCUAGAAAAAUCAGGUGGAAUUUCUCCUGAGCGUGCCCACACAUCCCAAAAUUCUUCCUCUAAAAGAGCAGACAUGGCCUUGUAUAAAUGCCAGAAAUGCAUGUUUAGUCACAGGUCAGUUGUUGCUAUGCAUGUUCACUACCAAAAAAGCCACCCAGAUGAAGUAAUCACAUUAGAUAAAAUCAAACAGUCAGCUUGUCCCACAUCACAUGCAGCAUCAGAGAUGACAUCUGAGAAGUGUUCAGAUUCUGUGAUUGUAGUAGAUCAUUCAGAGACCACACCAGAACCCUGUAAGAAUCGUUCAGAAUCUUCCCAAACCACGAAAGGGGAAUCUUCGAAGUUUCCAACAAAAUCCAGUAAUGAAAUUACUAAUGAAAUUACUACUGGACUGGACAAUUUCUCAUCCAGUUUACCAAAUGAAACAUUUUACUGCCAGUUCUGCAGUUACACAAGUACCAAGGUUAAGAGUAUCCUUGGUCAUCACAAUGCAAAACAUUCUAUGGAUGCACCAAUAGGUACUGAUGAUGUCCAAUGGUACAGUGCUGAGAUGCAGAAACGUCAGAGUGAAUCUAAGAUGUCAAAAAGUCCUUCAUCUUCCCAAUUUAAUACUAGUAAACAAGUGAAGAUGUGCAGGGAAAAAGAAGAUCUGUAUAAGGAGGAUUACACAGCAGAUGCCUCAGAAACAGGAGCGAGACAGGACAAGUCCUACGCAUGUCCAGAAAACUUGUUUUACUGCCACAAAUGCAACUUCGGAAAUCCAUCUAUAAAAGGAGUAAUUAACCAUCAGGCUAAGAUUCAUCGAAAGUGUAAUUCCAGCACUAAGUGUGUUCUUGAAUAUACAGCUUUAAUCCAUGAUGAAAUCAGGAAAGCAAAUGCAAAGGAUUCCUCUUCUUCCCAUCUACCUCUUCCUAUAAUAAAUGAAGGCGAAGAAAAAGCAUUUUUUUGCCACUUUUGUAACUACAGGCAUAGUACUUUGGAUCAGGUAAUGCGCCAUUACAGCAAAACACAUCAUGGAUUUAAGGCGAAGCCUUCAGAAGUCCUUCGGCAUACAUCUAAGAUCCACGAUCAGGCACAGAAAUCUCCUCUAACAUCCACUCAAAAUGAAGAAGCUGCUCAGGAAAUCCUCAAGAUGAAAAUGAAUAAGAAAAAGAAAACAAAGAAGCAUUCAAAAUCGUUGGUCAUUUCAGCAACACCCUCGGUGACAACCCCACACACAAAGAGGUCCCUGAACUGUUACAGAUGCGCAUACAAUACUGACGUGAUAUAUGCUCUGAAGACGCAUUUAAGGAAAAUUCACAAAGUAAAGCGUACAGUCACAGAUAUUUUAAGAUAUUAUUUUAGACAAGGAUCAUUAGAGCCCGGCUAUUAUUGUGAAUUCUGUGUUUUCAGACAUGAAAAAGCUGCAGCAGUUUAUGAGCACUACCAGGAACGCCACCUAGGACGUGUCCCCUGCGUUGAGUAUGUAAGUACUCGGUUAUAUGCCGGUCCUGAAAUGGUCCUUCUUAAAAAGAAGAAGCCUGAUCUAGAGCAGAGUGGAGGCAAUGGCACUGAAAACAGAUUGAUAUCCCAAAGAUCUGGACAAAAUAAAGCUGGUUUAUCUUGCAAAAGAUGCUCUUUUAAAACUAACUCUUUGUCAGAUCUGGCACACCAUUACCGAAAGGUUCAUCCUUUGAGUGCAAAACUUUCCAAGAAAACAAGCGCAAGCUGGCGGGUGGAAGACCAAAGUGACAGACCUGGCUCAUUUGACUCCUACCAGUUUGGUAAAUCACAGGAUGAAGCAGAGGCGUCCUCCACAGUGUUCAAGUGCCUUUACUGCUCUGCAAAUUUUAAUAGCAAACACGGUCUCCACAUUCACUGUGGAAUGAAACACCCGGAAGCUGUAAUCGAAAAAUUUGAACAAGAACAAAAACCAAAAAGGAAGCUCCAAAAACGUCUGCAUGUCUUUAAGUGUCCGUAUUGUACCUACGUCAAUACCGUUUAUCAGGGUGUUCUCACUCACUGCCAGAUGAAGCAUCCCAACCUCCCAUCCAGGGCCGAUAGUCUCCAUGUGGAUAUGGUGUAUGUUGAAAAUUUGGACGAAACCCAGAAAAGCAGUCCUCCUGGUGAGACUUUGAAACUUUGUGGACACAUGUGUAAAACCUGUCCGCAAAUCUGCGCAACGCUGGAUAAAUUGAACAAACACUGCGAGCGAGACCACAAGAAGACUGGUGUAAGCACAGCACAAAGCACGGCCAAAUCUGCUCCUAAGCCAUUAGUUAAAAGUAAAAUACUUCUAUCUAAAGCCUACAGUACACAUGGAUCUGUAUCAAAGACUUCAUUUUUAAGCAAGAAAAUCUAUGCCGUGAUCAACUGCCAGCACUGUUCUUACACAUGCACCACCAAACUUGCUCUUGGUCGCCAUUUGUUUGCUAACCACAAGCAUACUAUUUCAAAGGACUGCGUAUACAAAUGUGUGCUGUGUUCUAAAGUUUACUUCAGGAAAAAGCAUCUUGGAGGCCACUAUGCAGUGACGCAUGGAAAGGAGGCUUAUUUAAAAUACUACGUGCCCAUAUACAAACAGCCUCUCAAGAAGACAGCGCCAUCGCCGUCUGAAGACCCAUCAACUCAGCAACAAGAAAAAGCCUCUGAGACAUUUAAGUCUUGCAUAACAGCAGAAGAAAGCCUCUUGAUCUACAAGUGUCCAAAGUGUCCAUAUGUGAAUGCUAGCUACCACGGGACCCUCACUCACUGUCAAAUGAAGCAUCCAGCAAUUGUAGUCCGGGCAGAUGAACUUGAGACAGGUGAAGUCUUUGUAUCAAACAUGGUCAAUUGUACUUUAGGAAAAGGUUCUAAUGAAAGAGGGUACUUGUGUAAAAAAUGUUCACAAAUCCAUGGAUCACUGACAAAACUCAAUGCUCACUGUAAGAGGGUUCAUCAUGACACAGAAGUGUAUGAGCACACUGACACUGAAAGCCAGCCGGUUCACACAUCUCAGGGCUCAGCACGGGAGGAUGCCUCUGUGAAAAACAAAACUUCGAGACAAGUAAGCAUUGCGGAAAGUAGACAAGCUCCACAAACGGAAACUCCUGAGGCAUCCCCGUCAACUUUGCUGUCCGGCCUCCGCAGCAACAAACAGUUGUACAAGUGCCAGAUGUGCACCUAUAAAGGACUGUAUCGAAAAUACCUCCAGUGCCACUACAAAAAUACUCACAAAUUGGAUGCAGUCAGUAUUUACAAACUUCUUGAGAAAUAUAAUAAGCGUAAAUGGAACUUUCCCAGCAACGUACUUAAAUCAGGCAACAGCACAAAGGUUAAAUGUUUGAAAUGUCCAGAAUUAACGUUCGAGUCAUCACAGCUGCUCAUUGACCACUAUAGUACUUUUCACCGCUCAGAGUGGAAAUUGGACUUUACUGUGGUGUCACUAGGAUCGACGAAAAAGAAAACCACAGGGGUUUACAAAUGUGACCACUGCAACACACAAUUAAAUGGGAUUAGAAAGGUGUGUUAUCACAUGGAUCGCCACAGAGCAAGGAUGCUAAAAAAGGCCAAGGCUGCGCAGAGAAAGGAGUCGCUUAUUAGCACAACACUAGAGCAAGAAUCCAGCGAGCCCUGCAGGCAAGACGAAACGACCACAUUGGAAACUGUGAACGAGGUUAAUUGUUGGAACGGGACACCAGUACAGAGCGCCGCUACAUCAGAACUCUCUGAUGUAGAGCAGCCAGAACUAGAAUCGAAUGGAGACAUACACACGUGUAAACAGUGCGGCCAGAUGUUUAUGUCAUUGAAAGGCUUGCAUUCACAUGAGCACAGCCACGCAGCCAUCAAGAAACUGGACAAUAGCUCCACAUCUGGAUUAAAACACAACAUUAGCAAAUAUCUCAUCCACAAAUCUGGAACUCUGAGACCUUUUCUGUGUAGUUGCUGUACCUAUCGGACAACAGUCUUUGGCCUCUGGAGGAGUCAUUUUAUGAAAAAGCAUAAUGAUCUCAUCAUGGCUGCAGCUGAGACUGAAGACAAAGAUGAGAGUGAAGAGAGGUUUGAUAAUGAGUCCUCUAAUUCAUCAGAGAAAAUGAACAGCUUGCCUGAAAUUGAUGAGGGACCUGAACUGAUUAAAGGAUCUCUGUACUUGGAGCCCCCAGAUGUGCGGCGCCAGUUAAACCACUACACCAUGAUGGCACACAGCAGCAUCAAAUCUAAAGUGAACGUGCAACUUUCAAAAUUACCUGAGAACAGCGUGCUUCACUGUGAGUUCUGCAAUUUCAGCACUGGACACCUGUCUAGUAUCCGGCGGCACUACCUAAAUCGGCAUGGAAAGAAAAUCCUCAGAUGUAAAGACUGCAACUUUUUCACAGGUUUAAGGAAAACUCUGGAAAUGCACAUGGAGACGGGUCACUCUACCUGCCAGUCAAAGCCUACUCAUCAGAAGGACCUCUGCUGCCCUUUCUGUCUGUACCAAACUAAGAACAAGAACAACAUGAUUGAUCACAUAGUCUUGCAUCGUGAGGAACGUGUAGUGCCAAUAGAGGUUCGUCGCCCCAAACUGUCACGUUGCCAUCAAGGCAUCAUCUUUGGGUCAAAAAAGGUCAUGAGGAAUCAUGAACUCGUGGGUCAGGUGAGCCUUGAUCAGCUGGAGGCAAGCGUUGAUAAUGUGCCAGUAACAGAAGAGGAACAUUUGUCUAACAUGGACCAGCUCGAUGAGGACAGAGAAGAUGUAGAAAUGGAGGACUGUGAUGAGGUUCCACAAGCUGAGAACCAGGAAGAAAACUAUACCACAGAGAAAAGUGCACUCCAGAUCAGGGAAUGCCAGGAAACCAACGGAGAAAGUCCUGGCGAGACUUCCGAAUCAGACAUUCAACAUGAAAAUGCAAAACCAAACUCUACUGUCCAACAAGAGCUGCAAAAACAAGCAGAGAUUGUGCUGCUAGAGACUGCAAGAGAACAGGAGACAGGAAAUGUGGAACAAAGUGUAACAGAAGUGAAAAUUACAGAUACCCCAUGUGAGGAUUACGGCAAUCCAGAGGAAGAGAGGCAGACAAAUAAAAACCAAGCCCAACCUAAAUUCAAAGAAUCUGGAGACAAACAACAAACGGAGACAGGAAAUGAUUUCAAAGUGGAUGAAGAAACACCAGCUCAAAAGCAAGACGUUAAAGCACUUGAGCAUAAAACACUGAACAUCGAAGCAAAGGUAGAAGAUGACAUACUGCAUCAUAUCUUACAGUUGGCCAAUGAUGACAGCAAGAUGCAUAACAAGGCAGAUGAGGGUAAAACGGUUAAGAUGGAGAAGGUCGUGAGGAAUCAUGAACUCGUGGGUCAGGUGAGCCUUGAUCAGCUGGAGGCAAGCGUUGAUAAUGUGCCAGUAACAAAAGAGGAACAUUUGUCUAACAUGGACCAGCUCGAUGAGGACAGAGAAGAUGUAGAAAUGGAGGACCUUUUUGCAGACUGUGAUGAGGUUCCACAAGCUGAGAACCUGGAGGAAAACUAUACCACAGAGAAAAGUGCACUCCAGAUCAGGGAAUGCCAGGAAACCAACGGAGAAAGUCCUGGCGAGACUUCCAAAUCAGACAUUCAACAUGAAAAUGCAAAACCAAACUCUACUGUCCAACAAGAGCUGCAAAAACAAGCAGAGAUUGUGCUGCUAGAGAAUGCAAGAGAACAGGAGACAGGAAAUGUGGAACAAAGUGUAACAGAAGUGAAAAUUACAGAUACCCCAUGUGAGGAUUACGGCAAUCCAGAGGAAGAGAGGCAGACAAAUAAAAACCAAGCCCAACCUAAAUUCACAGAAUCUGGAGACAAACAACAAACGGAGACAGGAAAUGAUUUCAAAGUGGAUGAAGAAACACCAGCUCAAAAGCAAGACGUUAAAGCACUUGAGCGUAAAACACUGAACAUCGAGGCAAAGGUAGAAGAUGACAUACUGCAUCAUAUCUUACAGUUGGCCAAUGAUGACAGCAAGAUGCAUAACAAGGCAGAUGAGGGUAAAACGGUUAAGAUGGAGAAGGACACUGAGGCAAGUGAUGCAAGUGAUAUCCCAUUAGCUGAAGAGAGCAACUUCCCUUUGUUCCAGAAUCCAAAGAGUCAAGUUGGUAUAGAGGCAAAUUCAGCCUUAAAAGUGCACACUCAGCAAAGCAGUGAACAGGAACCUAAACCUUGCACAGAAAUACCAGUACUUGAGAAAGAAUGUCUGAAGAAGGAAGUGCACUCUCCUGAAUGCUUCAAGGAGGAAGAAGAGAAAGGUCCUUUUGAGCAGAAGCAGAAACAAGAAUCUGAGAUGCUCACAGAAGACAAGGAACGACACCAAGAUCAGGCGCCUGGUGACCACGACGGGAUAAAGGAGGAUGAUUGUCUGCAAGAGCAUGAAGAUACAACAACACAAGAACCUGCUGAAGUCCUGUGCUCCUCGUUUACAGAGCAGAAACGAUUUACUUGUGAGUUCUGUGGAAGAAACUUGGUGAACAGCUCUGAACUGAAGCGUCACGUCAUGCGGCAUGGAAUCUAACAGUCUUUUCCACGUUUUUUUUAUUUGGGUUUCCAUUUUAUGGAAAGUUCCUUCCAGUGUUGUGUUGAGUUACGCAUUUUAGAUUUUGUUAUUCUGAUAUCUUAUCUAACUGUAUGUUUACAUAUUUGCGUUUCCUUUUUUUUUGUGCAUUUUUAAACCUUUUCCUAUAAAAUGCUUUUAUGGUAAAGCUGUUAAACAUAGGUGUGAUUCAGUAAAUAAAACUUUGAACCAAUAUGGUGAAUGUAUUAUGUGUGACACACUGUAUUUAAAAUCUUUAGAAUUUCUUUUUGUAUUUUUUUUUUUAAACACUAAUGGAUAAUGGCCGUGAUCAACUGUCAUCCAGACUUCAUUUUUAUUCCUGUAGUUUGUGCAGGGAGGUAUUAUUUAUGAGAAGUUAUUACUGUAAAAUCUGCAGAAACCUCUACACUGUGAACUAAUUUUACAUAAAAACGUUUACAUAGAGUUAAAUACCACGAACUGAACCAACUUCCAUAACAGAAAGUUUAUUAAAUGCUGCCUUCGGGUGUUGUUUGGUAUUUCAA